AUGCAGCGACAGAGGCGAGAUCUCUAUAUGUUGAUAGGACUGAGUCCCCCUUUAGAGAUAGGGGGAGAGAUAAAGCAAUCGGCAGGGAGGCAUUACUCCCACACGGAAAAAAAAAACGUGCAACCAACCUUUCCUUCCUCCUCUUCUGAGCAUGGCGGGAAGAAGAUAAGAACGCGCGAAGCGUUCUAUUGGUUUCCCAACUUGUUGCUUCUAAAGGCUGCCCUCUCUCGGCUGGAUGUUGGUCCAGCCUACUACGAGGAUCCCGCCUUUCCUUCACGGGCUUACUUAGUGCUUGUGCUAAGGAGAAAUAAAACGGAUGCACUAAGGUUGAUACUCGACCCAAACAAGCAACGGCGAGCCCCUAUCAGAGAAAGCCUUGGUCAAGCGCGCUAG